UUUUGUACAAGUCUUUUUUAACAAACUCUUUUGUUUAUGUUUUCUUUUAUUAAUUGUGCCAAGAUAAUUUAUUUGCAAUAAUAUAGUUAAAUACAAAUUGUAAAAUGAGUUCAACUAGGUCAUUACCCCAAUCAAAAGAAGCACUUUUAAAAUCAUACAAUACAAGACUCAAAGAAGAUGUGAAAAGCAUGCUGGAAAACUUUGAAGAAAUAGUAAAACUUGCACGAGGAGAAGGUGACUCUCAGAUAUCCAAAACCACACAAUGUGAACAGGACACAUAUGAAAUGCAAGUUCGAGCAGCAAAUAUUGUGCGUGCUGGAGAAUCAUUGAUGAAAUUAGUAUCAGAUAUUAAACAAUAUUUAAUUUUGAAUGAUUUCCAUUCAGUUAAUGAGGCAAUUACAUCGAAUUCACAGUUAUUUCGGGCAACGCAAAUAGAAUGCGACAAGAAACUAAUGAAGUUGCGAGAUGAAAUGGCAAUGGAUUUGUAUGAUUUAGAAGAAGAAUAUUAUACUAGCAUUAACAAAUAAAAAUAUACUUAUUUUAUUAGGAAUCGUGGA